AUGUCAAAAGUCGAUAAACCUGAGCUAAUGAAACUCAACAACCCAAAUUAUGCCCAUCUGGUAGAGAGAUACAAACAUUUGAACGGUGCAAAAUUCGAAGAUCCUGACACCCGUACACAAAUACCUAUACACCUUGUGCUUGGGGCUAGCGAUUAUGCCAAAAUUAAAACCACUAUGGCUCAAAAGGUGGGGAAGCCGGGGCAGCUGGUGGCAGAGAAAACCCUCCUCGGUUGGACGGUGAUGUCUCCAGGGAAGGAGGGUCCCAUCCUGUUAACUCAAUCCACUACUAUAGAUUGUGAGCAGUUAUGUGCAUUAGAUGUCCUCGGACUUCUGGACAGAAAUGAAAAUGGUCAGAAAACUGUGUAUGAGGAAUUUGAAGAGCAGCUUAGUAGAGAUCAAGCGGGCUGGUAUGAGACAUCAUUAACAUGGAAAGGGAAUUAUCCCCCACUGCCAACUUAUGAGAACAGUAGCAAGCGUCGCCUAGAGCAGUUGCUUAAGCAACUUUAACGGAACGGACAGUACAAACAGUAUAAUGACAUUAUACAACAACAGUUAAAUCAGGGAGUAAUUGAGCUGGCACUUACCACUAAAACAGCAAAAGAAUUUUACAUCCCCCGCAAAGGCAUAGAAAGGAAGCAAGCUGAAACCACUAAGUUGAGAGUGGUCUAUGAUGCGUCUGCGAAAGAGAGCAAAUCCCAACCAUCCCUCAGUGAUUGUCUCCACCCAGGCCCCCCUCUCCAGAACCUGUUAUGGGACGUCCUUGUUAGAUCUAGAUUUCACCCAAUUCUGUUAACAGGUGAUUGGAAACAGGCUUUUCUGCAAAUCAGAAUAAAGGCCGAAGAUCGAGAUUCAUUGCGAUUUCACUCGAAAGAGACUGGGAACGGUGCAAUACAAAUCUACCGUUUUACUCAAGCCCUGUUUGGACUGACUUGCUUCCCAUUCCUUCUCAGGGGAAUCCUUAAACACCAUCUGGAUGCUUGGGAAGAUCGCUAUCCCGAGAUAGUGAAACAAUUAUGUGAAGGGUUGUAUGUUGAUGAUUUGAUUACGGGGGGUACCACAGUCGCAGAAAUCCAGACCCAGAAGGAGAGACUAAGAGAAGCAUCUUGUCAAAAUUAG